AUGGCUGCUCCGACACUACCCUCGCCCUCCGUAUCAACUGAUGCUUGCCCUCCGCUGGCCUCGUCCUCGUCGUCGUCGUCGUCGUCGUCCUCGAGCCAGCGCGGUCGACCGCCACCCGCCGUUCAUCUCGUUGCAGGAGGGUCAGUUCCCUCUCUCAGCGCACCUCGUCAACUCACACGAAUAUUCAUUCCCUCACUCAACCCCACAGCCUCGGAGGAAUGUGCGGCUCGGUCGUCACAGCCCCCUUUGACCUCGUGAAAACGCGGCUCCAAUCCGACAUGUUCCAUCCCACUUCCACCUCCGCAACCUCCACCGUACCACGCGGACCGAUGCGACAGCUUCUCGGAGCAUUUGCAGAUACAGGUCGAAUACUGAGGUAGGUGACCCAACCUACACCGUCGACCGCUCGUAUACACUCUCCCCCACGCCGAUCGGCAACUCGGCUUCGUCGCGCUUCGCAAGCCGGUCCUGCGGAUUGCCGCCAGUCGGACCUGGAUGUACGCGCAUGAACUCACCCCUCCACACCCCUCUGCCCGUUCACUUGCACCCGUGCAGGGAUAUCUACAAGUACGAAGGACCGACCGCACUCUUCAAAGGACUCGGCCCCACACUUGUCGGCGUCGUACCGGGAAGGUCAGUGUCCCCCACCCUUGGCCACCCCCACGCGCCUCGCCCCUGUCUCAUCCUGAUUUCUCCCCGCCAUCGGUCCCCGCUUUCUUCCAGGUCCAUCAAUUUCUUCGUUUAUGGAAACGGAAAGCAAAUCUACGCCGACGCAUUCAAUCACGGGCAAGAGAAUGCACUCGUCCAUCUUUCGGCAGCUGCAACAGCAGGUCAGUCCCAAGUGGGGGUGGAUGAACUGUCUCGGGUCAGCCGCUCACUUAUCGUUCACAAUUACGCAGGUGUCACCACCGCCGCGGCCACAAAUCCCAUUUGGGUCGUCAAAACGGUCAUGCAACUGCAGCAGCAACAACGACCCGGCAACUCGUCCUCGUCCACCUCUUCCUCUUCCUCCUCCGCUGCUUCUCGAAAACCGCUCCCUUCCUUCCCGACGACGCUCAACCCUGCAACAGCGACCUCGUCCUCAUUUUCCCACUCCUUCCGCUCCAUCACCUCACCUCCACUACCUCUCUCAACCAAACCAACCUCCUAUACGACCACCAUGCGCAUCUACCGCAAAGAAGGGAUCCGAGGAUUCUACAAGGGCCUUUCCGCAAGUCUACUCGGGGUCACAGAGGGGACGAUUCAAUGGGGGUUGUAUGAGCAGUUCAAGCUUUUGGCGAGGAAGGGGCAGAGUUUGGAGGAGAGGGAGAAGGUGGGGAAUGGAGGUUGGAGGGUUAGUGUGGCGGCGGGAAGUGCCAAAUUGGUCGCGACGGUGAUCACUUAUCCUCAUGAGGUCAGUUGCUGUGGUGAAUCUGGCUGUUGAACACUCCGAGGGCUUUCGACUGAUUGAUUGAAUACUGCUUUUCUAUAGGUCAUUCGAACUCGAUUACGACAACCCUCCCCACCGGGUCAAUCACCGCGCUACACCUCUUUGCUCCAAUCCUUUAAGUUGGUCCUAGCUGAAGAGGGUUGGCGAGCCCUAUACGGUGGCAUGAGUCCUCAUCUCUUGAGGGUUGUCCCCAACGCUGUGACGAUGUUUUGGGUCUAUGAGAAGGUUGUAGGGAUGUUUGAUCAACCUGGGCGGAGAAUGGAGGCGAGGAGGGAUUGA